CCCAGGACCCGGCGUUCACUAUAUCCACUCUCCAUGAACCCUGCGUUCACUACAUCUGCGCUCCCCGGGUCCUGCGUUCACUACAUCCACUCUCCCCAAACCCUGUGCACACUACAUCCGCGCUCCCCGGGCCCUGCGCUCACUACAUCCGCUCUCCCCGAACCCUGCAUUCACUACAUCCGCUCUCCCAGGACCCUGGCGCUCACUAUAUCCGCUCUCCCCGGACCCGCGCUCACUAUAUCCGCUCUCCCCGGACCCGGCGCUCACUAUAUCCGCUCUCCCCGAACCCUGCGAAACUAUAUCCGCUCUCCCCGGACUCUGGCGCUCACUAUAUCCGCUCUCCCCGGACCCGGCGCUCACUAUAUCCGCUCUCCCCGGACCCGGCGCUCACUAUAUCCGCUCUCCCCGGACCCGGAGCUCACUAUAUCCGCUCUCCCCCCGGACCCGCAU